CAUUAUUGUCCGAAGCAAAAGACAUCUUUUCCAUUUGGCAUUUGCUUUACCAAAACAAACAUUCACAGUUUGCUUGUUCAUCCAUCCAUGGCUCUUGUGAGAGCAGCUCAAGGAACUUCCGCUGAUUCCAACAGUUGUGGGGGUUAUCGUUACGACGUGUUCUUGAGCUUCAGAGGCGAAGACACUCGCAAGACUUUUACCGACCACCUCUACACAGCCUUGAACAAUGCAGGAUUUCUCACGUUCCGAGACGACGAUGAACUUGAGAGAGGAGAAGAUAUAAAGCCAGGACUGCAGAAAGCGAUCCAGCUGUCACGAGCUUCUGUUGUCGUGUUUUCGAAAGAUUACGCGUCAUCCAGAUGGUGCCUUGAUGAGCUUAUGCUGAUCCUUGAACGCAAGAGGACCACCUCGGACCAUGUAGUUUUACCAGUCUUCUACGAUGUCGAUCCGUCCCACUUGAGGAAGCAGACGGGAAGUAUUGGAAAAGCAUUUGCUAGACACCAGAAAACUCAGUCGCAGAAAAAGGUGAAGGGAUGGAGGGAGGCACUUGCAGAGGUUGCAGAUCUAGCAGGCAUGGUCUUACAAAAUCAAGCUGAUGGGUACGAGUCAAAGUUUAUCAAAAAAAUUGUUAAAGUGAUACGAGACAAGUUAAGUCGCACACCAUUGAGCAUUGAACCAAAAUUCAUUGGAAUCCAAUCUCAAGUCGAACACAUCAAUUUGUGGUUACAAGAUGGAUCAAAUGAUGUUGGUAUAUUUAUUGUCUAUGGCAUGUCUGGAAUAGGGAAGACAACCAUUGCAAAACAUGUGUACAAUUCAAACUUUAGGAGCUUUGAAGGAAGUAGUUUCAUUGAAAAUAUUAGAGAAAUAGCAGAUCGAUCGAAUGGCUUAGUUCAAAUACAAAUGCAACUUCUUUCUAAUAUUUUGAAUGGUAGAGAAGUGAAAAUACACAGUGUUAGUGAGGGAAUAAUUAAGAUUGAAGGCGCCAUAAGCUCAAGAAAAGUUCUGCUUGUUCUUGAUGAUGUGGACCAUAUGGACCAAUUAGAUGCAGUACUAAAGAUGAAAGAUCGGUUUUAUCCCGGAAGUAAGAUACUUAUAACAACUAGGCGUGAAAGGUUGCUAAAGGCACAUCAAGUUACAAAGGUGCACAGAGUUGAAACUUUGGAUUACAAUGAAUCAUUUGAGCUUUUCAGCUGGCAUGCAUUUGGCCAGGACCAUCCCAUAGAAGAAUACAUGGAGCAUUCAAAAAUGGUAGUGCAACAUAGUGGCGGACUUCCAUUAGCUCUUCGAGUUUUGGGUUCUACUUUAUCAGGGGAAAGUAUAGAUGUAUGGGAAAGUGCACUGGAGAAGUUGAAAGUUAUCCCUAAUGGUGAAAUCUUGAAUAAACUAAGAAUAAGCUAUGACAGUUUACAAGAUGACCAUGACCAGAAAUUAUUCCUCCACAUUGCUUGCUUCCUAAUAGGAAGGGACAAAAACUACAUUGUUAGAAUACUCGAUGGAUGUGAUUUCUUUACAACCAUUGGCAUUCAUAAUCUCAUUGAUAGAUGCAUGGUGACAAUUGAUAAAUACGACAAGGUGAAUAUGCAUGACAUGAUUCGUGACAUGGGGAGAGAAAUUGUUCGCCUAGAAUCAGAAGAGCCUGAGAAACGUAGUAGAUUAUGGCACCAUAAGGAUUCUUUCGAAGUAUUGAGGGACAAGAAUGGUACACAAACAAUUCAAGGUCUUGUCUUGGAUAUGCGUAUGCACCUCGCAAACAGUCCAAUAAACACAAAUGAAACAAUCUUAGAAACCAAUGCAUUUGAAAGGAUGCAAAAACUAAAACUACUCCAUCUUAGUCAUGUACAACUCGAUGGAUGUUAUGCAAAAUUUCCUUUAGGAUUAAGAUGGUUGUGUUGGCUUGGAUUUCCUUUACAUUCUAUACCUAUUGAUUUUCCUUUGGAGAACGUAAUUGUUCUUGAAAUGCAAUACAGUAGCUUGGGACAAGUAUGCAACGGAACAAAAGUUCUUCCGCCGUUGAAGAUCCUUGACUUCAGCCAUUCUCAUGACCUCACUGAAAUCAUGGACUUCUCACUUUGCCCUAGUCUAGAAGAAUUGAUUCUUGUAGAUUGCACAAGCUUGAAGAGUGUUCAUGAAUCCAUUGGAAACCUGGAAAGACUCGUGUACUUGAAUAUGAAAGACUGCAAGAAUCUUAGGAUGCUUCCGAAGAACAUGUGCAUGCUAAAAUCACUUGAAACACUCAUUUUAUCUGGUUGCUCAAGUCUAGAUGAGUUCCCAGUGGAGAUGAUGAAGCAGAUAGAGUCUCUGAAAGUUCUUAAAACAGAUGGAAUUCCAUUAAAUGAAUUAUGGCCAGAAAGAAGUUCAAGUAUCUUAAGUUCUUUUCCAUGCUCUUUAGUAGAGUUAAAUCUCAGUAGGUGCAAUCUUUCUGAUGAUGCCUUUCCUUGGGAUUUAAGUAAUCUAUCGUCAAUCCGAAGACUAUAUUUAGAUGAGAAUCCAAUUUGUAGUCUACCAAUUUUCAUCAAAGGUUUGAGGAGGCUCGAUCAUCUCUCUUUCUGUGAUUGUGAGAGGCUCGAGUCACUUGUGGGUUUACCAAAAGGAUACCAAUGCUUGUACGUCUCCCGGUGCAGAUCUUUAGAAAAAAUAUCAUAUCUACAGGAUCACUCCUUUAAUUGGUCUCCUGAAUUCCACUCCAUUGGGGGUUGCGUCGACAACCUAGUUGAGUGGCAGUAUCGGUACAAGUUAGAACCCAUCGGAAGAGUUGAUGUAGAAAUGAUUAAACUUUUGGGCUUGUGCAACUUGGAAUCCCUGGCAAACAUUCGGAUGCCCAAAAUCGGUACAAUGGUUUGGUGUGAUGAUUGGUCUCCUGUCCAGGGACUGUAUCAAUAUGGUAUAUUCAGCACAUUUUUGCCGGGGAAUGAAUUUUUUCCGAGGAAUGAAGUACCAGGCCGGUUGAUCCACAAAAGUGGAGGGUCUUCCUCAAUAUCAUUUACUGUGCCUUUACUUCCUGAUCACAGAGGUCGAGGCUUGAAUGUCUUUGCUGUCUAUGAAAAUGUUAUUGAUUUUUCUGAUACUGAACUUGUCUACGAUUGUAUGGAUAUUCGGAUGACUAUUAAGGUGAGUAAUAAGAGCAAGGGUCUGAAGUGGAUCUAUGUCCCAUUAGUCUACGGUAUUCCAGGAGAGGGAGAAGAUAUGACAUGGUUGAGCCAUUGGAAAAUGGAGAACGAAACAAUAGCAUUACAAUGUGGAGAUGAAGUGUCUGUUUCAGUAAUCAUGAGAUAUCCUUGGUUUCAGCUCAAGGAGUUUGGUGUCGAGCUUGUGCAAGAGCACCAAAAUAAUACGAUGUUAAGUACCCAACACAACACCAAAUCAGAUCCUAAUUAUCCAUUUGUCAUCAGUGGAGAUCUGUCGAUGUGGGAGCAUAUACUAGGAAUAUACUUCCUUGGCAGUUUCUCUAAAGAAUAUAUUAAAAGCAUGCCAAGAUCUAAUUUGAUUAAUCAUCUCAUUAUGGACUCUGAUGAAGAAGACACAGACAAAGAAGAAGGGCAAGAGGAUGAACCUGAUUACACAAUUGCAAAGACGAGGGCUGCCAGCAAUAACUACGGUCUCGGAGGCUGGAAGGUGCUCCUCAUAGUUGCUAGCUUCUUUUUCACGCUUGCUCUAGUACUUUGGUCCUCCAUCUCCUAGAAAAAGAAGCGAUAGUAGUCCACAAGCCCUCCAAGACUUUGUAAUUUUACUUGAUACAAACAUAUAUUUGCCUUCUCUCCUUGUUUUCAAGAUGUUUUCUGCCUUCAAAACUUCGGGUUCAUAGCUAAGCACUCUUAACCGCUUGAGAUAAAAAAGCUCCUUGCAAUUAGAUAUCGAAGUUCAAAUGUGUUCAACAUCA